AUGAAGCAGAUACAAUCAGGAACGGAAAUAUGUCCUAUGAAAUCAGUGGUACGUCGCAUUGGCCAGCAACUGUUUGCCGCCCUUAGCACUAAGGGCCUAGCAUUGCUUGUCAACCACGGCAUCGCUGAGGAGAAGCUAAAAGCAGUGUAUGCUGAUUUAGAUAACUUCUGCGCUCUACCAGAGGGAUGUCAAGCGCAAUACUUACGCAAUCCUGUCAACAAGCACGGUUACGUUCGUCCGGGAACCGAACAAUUCGAUGAAACUAAAAAGGAAUUACGUCACUCGUUCAACAUCACGACUCUGUCUGCCGCCGCGAUGCCUGCGCAGGAGGAGGUGCCAGACUUCCCCUCUCACACCUUUCCCCUCGCACACGACCUCACCAACCUGUCUAGAGUGUUGCUACAGGCCUUGGCUUCUGUUUUCGGUCUUCCACCAUCCGCUUUGCUGGCAUCUCACUCGGGUAUGCUGCAAAGCGAUGGACGCAAUCCCUCAUGCAUGCAGCUUCUCUACUAUCCUCCAGUGCCUCCUGAAGAUAAGGGACCGUGCUGUCAUGAUGCUAUCGCCUACACCCGUUGUGGAGCGCAUAGCGACAGAUGUACUUUCACUCUGGUAGCACAGGAUUCAGAAGGAGGACUCGAGGUAAAAUUGAAUGGAAGUGAGAAAUGGCAAGCUGUCGGUCAUCUUCCUGGAGCCAUUCUUGUUCAGACUGGUGAACUACUCGGUAACUGGACUACAAAUUUGCUUCCGCCUUUGAUGCACCGCGUCGAGGUACCAUCUGGAAUGUACGCUCGAGCCCGCGGCCGCCAUUGCGUUGCGUUCUUCUGUCAUCCCGACAAGGAUGCGACAGUUCCCCCACUAAUCAUUCCUCUUGCCCCGACUCCACCAGUUUGUGCUCCACCGCACAUUUCGCUCCACCAUCGUCUUCUAAACGCCGCUCAUCACAUACAAAAACGCUUUAGGGAAACGUACGCAUGA